AUCUAGAUGGAGUUCUCUUUUAGCUAUGGCAGUGGCGAGUUUUAAAGGCAAGUGAGUCAACUCGCGAACCAUCUUAAUCUGUUUCCGCAGCAUCUUGAAAGAUUCGAGCGGCUCAAACUCCGGUGGUCGGAACAUUUCUACGGUGACCGGAGGAGAGAGCCGUUGGUUGUCUGUCCUUGAGAAACGGAUUCGGAGGAGUGGUAUUGAAUAGAGAGAGAGAAGCAACGAUGAACGCGAACGGAUACAGCAGUGUUGAAAGAGAGUACAUAAGGAAACAUCAUAGGCAAGAGCCGGCGGGGAAUCAAUGCAGUUCGUUUCUGAUCAAGCACAUUAGAGCGCCUGUUCAUCUCGUUUGGUCAUUGGUUCGGAGGUUUGAUGAACCACAGAAGUACAAGCCCUUUGUCAGCCGGUGCAUAGCACAGGGAAACCUUGAGAUUGGUAGUCUUAGAGAAGUUGAUGUCAAAUCAGGCCUUCCUGCCACAACAAGCACGGAAAGGUUAGAACUUCUGGAUGAUGAUGAACAUAUCCUCAGCGUGAAGAUUGUUGGGGGAGAUCACAGACUUAGGAACUACUCCUCUGUCAUAUCUGUCCAUCCAGAAGUAAUUGAUGGACGACCCGGAACUCUGGUUAUUGAAUCAUUUGUGGUAGAUGUGCCUGAAGGAAACACUAAAGAUGAGACCUGCUACUUUGUUGAAGCAUUGAUCAAGUGCAAUCUGAAAUCUCUAGCCGAUGUUUCCGAGAGGCUUGCUUUGCAGGGCAGGACAGAGCCCAUUGAUCAGGUGUAGAAGUCGAGAUGGACGUGGUUGAGACUUGAGACCAUAUUCUCUUACGAUGAGGCCGAUCUUGGAGCUUUUGAAUAUACGCACUUCGGAGGCAGACUGGUUAUAGCUGCUCUUCCAUAUUCCAGAUGCAUUCAACACUUCUUUCAUUUGUUAUGUUGCUUAGAUUUAAGGUCACACGCCACUGUCGUUGUUUGAGGACCACAGGGUUUGUAAUGGUUUUAUAGACCAUCCAAGUGAAUGAGAGAAGUUGAAAUGUAUCGAUUUCCACUUUUUUUUCAAGAGUUCUGAAAUUAAUAUUUGUCAA